UCGUAUAGGUAUUAUAUUUUUACAAUUCAGUUUUGAUGUUUUCUUGGACACCAAAUAAAAUAAUUUUUAUUGGUUCAAUACUAUUUAGUAUCUACGCAUAUUGAAUAAUUCGAGCAUCAAAUAAUGUCUUUUAAACUGCCAAUGAUACCAGGAUUUCAAACUUAUAACAAGGAAAUUAAAACGAGGUAUCCGAAGACACCGGAUUUGGAUAUAAUGAGCGGCGUAAAUAUUAUUAGAUCAUUACACGUAAAAAAAGAAAAUAAAAGUUGUGAUUCUAAUUUUUAUUCUUUGGUGGACAUGUAUACAGAUCACAAUGAAGGCAAAAAACCUACUUGGCUAGUGUUUGAUAAACAGAAUUUAACAUUUGAUGCAUACUUUAAAAGUACGGUAAAUGAGAGCUUUGGUUGUAGCUAUAACUUAAGAAAAUGCAAAAUAAUUUAUUUUCUUGAAGAUGAUACAAUAAAAGUAGUUGAACCUAUUGUGAUCAAUAGUGGUUUACCACAAGGAUGUUUGAUCAAACGACAUAAAAUUCCUUUACCGAGCAGAAACGAUAGUUAUUAUCAACUAUUUGAUUUCAAUGUGGGAAUAACUGUUGAAUUUUAUGGAAAACAAUUUGAAAUAAUUGGCGCUGAUAAUUUUACUAGAGACUUUUUGAAAAAAGCAGGCGUUGAUGUGCCUGAGAACCUACCAAUGCCUACUGAUCCAUAUUUUAUUAAUAGAGAAAAAACACCAAGUAAAAACCAACCAUCUACAAAAACAACGGUACCUAAAUUAAAAAAAUUACAAGGAUUUGAAGGGAUUUUAAAUUUCAAAGGUUACUGGGAUGAUCGUUACAAUGAUGAUGGUACCUUACAUAUUUUGGAAAUACGAUACUUUUUGUCCGAUGACACAAUACAAAUUGUUGAACAUGAUUUAGAUGGAGGUUUAAAAACGUUUCUUAAAAGACAAAAAAUUCCAAAAGAUAGAGCAUAUGUAAAACCACCAGGUUAUAACGAACAAAAUGAUUUACUCAACGUGUUGAGUUUAAAUUCUAUGAACCAAUGGUAUGCUUUUGAUUCUUCAAAAAAUAUUAUUGAUGUACAUGACUCGUAUUAUCAUUGGUCUAAUCUAUACGUGGGAGCUGAAAUAGACGUUUUUAGUCGAAAAGUAAUUUUAUCUAGUUGUGAUGAAUUCACUAAGCAAUAUUAUUUGGAUUAUGGUUUAGAGAACUUUCCAUCUAUUGAUACUCCAAAUGAAGUAGAAGGAAAAGAAAAAGAAAAUAUUCAAAAUAUACCGGUUUGUGACGAUGAAAAUAUUUUGAAUAAAUUAUUAAGUGUUUCAAAAAUAGAAGCUUUGGUGUUUAAAGCAAAUAUUGUACCUAAAGAACCAAAUAAUUUAAAUAGAGAAUUUGUGAUUAAGUAUUUUUUAAACGACCAAAGUUUUUCGGUUUCCGAAAUGAAAACACAAACGGCCGGUGCAUUAGGAUGUAGAUUUUUUUCAAAACGAAAAAUUCCGAUGGAAACUCCUAAUGAAUCCAGUAUGAUACUUAAACUGUACAUUGGUGCUAAAUUGGUUAUUGAUAACUUUCAAUUUGUUUUGGUCGACAUUGAAGACAGGACAUUAAGAUUUAUGAUGGACCAUCCAAAAGUAUUCCAACACAGCGAUGUUACCUAUAUAAUGAAUGAAGUGUUUCAAUUCCUAGAAACUGAUGUUGAUUCAUUUAAAAACAAAUAUUUUCAAAACAAAAAUAAAAUCGAACGAGAUAUAUUUAUUAAAAUUAUGUCUAAUCAGUUUCCAAAGUUAAGUCGCCAUGGCAUAUUUGUUUUGGCACUACAGUACAAAAAGCAAGAAAAGUACAAAGAAAUUUCUGACAAUUUAUUCAAAAGCAUUUUGCAGGAUGAGUUGAAAAGAGAUUUGUUUCUUGGUUUCGACGGACUUGAGAUUAAUUUCAAACAAAGAAAUUUGGAUAAGAAGGAUGGAUAUCUGGAACAUAGCAGUGCUUUCAAAGCCUUGAAAAGCGCAAGACUGCCAUUUUCCACUGAAAUUAUUAAUAUGAUUUUGAAGAGAUUUACUCAUCCAGAAACGAAAAAAGUGGCAUACAUGGAUUUGCUCAAGUAUUUAAACUAUACCAUUGGUCCAACUUCCGAAUCACAAGGUUUGGCAAAGGACGUAUUGUACAGGAAACCAAAUGAAGUCUAUGUCAGAGUUGACGAGUUCGUCAACGAUUUACGUAAAUUAUUGUAAUACACGUCGCAGCUCUCCCACUCCACGCGUAAUUGGUUUCCAAUAUUGUUCGGAUACCCGGCACGCUGAUGACGCGUCAAACUGGUUCGUUUGGCAACCACUCGGACAUGUGUUGCUGCGACAAACGACGUGCACUCAAGGGCGUCACGGAUGUAUAGUGUGCAGUGUGCUCUGUUACCAGUAAGAGUUGUGCUACUGCGAGUUGUUCGUCUUAUACGUGUCCCAAUGAGUCAGCGUGACGUUCAUAUUUUUAGUGACUGUGUUUUAUUGUAUUUAUGUUAAUGAUUGUGAUUUAUUUUGUAGCGUGUAAAAAAUAAUAUUUUAAAUUUUGUCGAUUAAAUCAGUUUUAACGUAUUUCGUCGAUCAGUACGACAUUUUAUAAGUUACGGAAAAUUCGAUUGUACGUGGAUGAUUUAAAUUCGAAACUCUUUGAACUCAUCACGCGGAAA